CCUCAAUGCAGGACAGGGUGAAUGAGCGUCAAAUCUAGGACCGAGCCCCGAGGGGUUCGAGGUGUCGGCCCUGUGGGUCUGACCGCCUACCGGACGCCGAUCGUGCAAUCCGGGCCGGUUAGUCUAACUGACCCCAGAUCCGUCUUCCGGUUCGCCGUCUCGGAAUGCGAAAGGUAGUUUUUGUGACUAACAAUAGCCUUGUAGUCCGGUCUUGUAUUGAGAAUUAUAUUGUGUAUACGGUGCAUGAUGACUAAAUCUCGCUGCUGAGUGAGUUGAGAUGUGAGUUUUCCGCUCUCGAGCAGUCCGCCACUGCCCCACCCUGAGUACCACGUGAUGGGAUCUGCUUGGUUGCCAGGUGGCGCCAAGCACCCCCACCUUUCGCUGUUUGAAUGGCGAAUCGUUGGGCCGCUUUGGUCUUCCAGAGAUUUCCAGCUUCACAAAACCCAAACCAUCUCCCCAUUCUUUCUUCCUAAAAACCCUGGAAUACCCCUACAGUUUCGACAGCGAUAAUCUCUGCGAUUGACACCACCCAACCCCGACAGCUUGCUAGCUACAUCACUGCAUUACCUACCAAAACCAACCAUUCUUGCGAUCCAUCUUGACCAGCAUCAGACAAACGUCUUUCACCGGACCAACGAUUCGCUUUUGCACACCGACUAAUCCGUCUUUUUUGGGCCUUCCUCUCUCCCAGUCGGCUUUACAGCACCAACCCCUCCUCCAUCACCCUUUCGUCUCCCAGAGCUAUUCCAAGCAGCCAACGUGGCUAGAAGCAAUGGCGCCAAUGAAACAUAACAAUAGUAACAGUAGUAGUAAUAAUUACUACGGCGAGGACGUUCUCCGUCAGGCCAACAUCCUCGCCAGCUGCUACCUCGUCGACCCGUCUCUCGCCUCCCUCAAGGGCCUCCACUACUGCACUACGGGGCUCGCAGGGGCCGAGUGGUAUUCCUGAGGUCCCUUCGACGGGACUGCCAUCGCCACCAUCAAGCCCCCCCCUCGCGGCCAUCACGACCAACAACGAGCUUGCGCUGACUCCCAAGGCGAGGAGUCAUGUCAGCCGCAAGCAGAGCAGUGGUCAUGAUACUAGCAUCGGCAACCACGAGUUUGCACGCCGACGAGGGGGGGCAACACUUCGCAUCAGGGAAGAAUGUGAGAGGUUCUUUUGCGAGACGCUGCGCGCCAUGUUUCUGGGUGAGAGAAGCGAGGCGAGGCAGGGCUCGGUCCUGAUGGGGGUGUUUAACAACAAUUCCAAUACUCGGAACCAGUAUGCUUCCCAGCUCACUCCGCCCGAAGACUGUCCCUUGAAUUCAUACAGCAUGGGACCCGCGGGCGCUGGAGCGGGGAUUCCGGCCUGGAUGGAAAUAUGGGACUACGCCGGCGGGUGUUCAUUCAGAGCCUUCAUUGCUGAGAACGUCGCUGCUGGUGAGGAGGACGGGGUGGAAUCCAGAACCCUGUUUGUCUUUUUCGACCGCGAUGUGGUGAGCAGGGAUUUGAAGAAGGCACUGGUGGCACUGAUUGAGUUGGCCGAUGUUCCGCUUGGUUGCUCACACAUGGUGAUUGCCAUUGAGCGAUGCAUCCAAGAAGAAGACGCCAAACCUUUGACCAAGGGCCUGCAGUGGGCUGGCUUUUCCUUGACGACGUUGGACUUUUGGUCAUCGGGUUACGAUGUGAUUAGUAGCAGGUGGCUUUUCAUGGGCAUGGAGCUUUAAAGGGUGGGCGCCAGGAGUUCUCUUUCCGACUUGGGGUUUUUUUCUUACGACCAAGACGAUGCAUCAGCUCAGCUAGGACCUGAUUCAGUGGGGUUACUUAACUUGAGGCGGCAUCCGUUCUACACCACUUCCUUUUAGCUCACGACGGAGAAAAAUUGCAUGUGUGUUCUUUUUGUCAUUUUAAAAAUGAAUACUGAGGGUGAUGGCCUGUG